UUUGGCCUUGUGAGUUUGAUAACAACAUAACAACAAUUGGGCAGGGGUAGAUAGGUAGUUCUUUAGUUAAACAAAUAUGGCACAGCAACUGGUGGGAAAAUUAGCUCUAGUCACAGGCGCUGGCAGCGGUAUAGGUCGUAGUACAUGUCGUGUUUUAAGAGAUUAUGGUGCGCGUGUCAUAGCAGGCGAUCGCAAUUUGAAAGCAGCAGAAGAGACAGCGAAAGAAUUGGGAGAUCGUGGUGAGUAUUAUGAUGUUUUCCCCUUGGAAAUCGAUGUCUCAUCUAUGGAAAGUGUAACAAAUGCUGUUGCAAAAACCUGCAAGCAAUUUAAUACUGCUCCAUCAAUUGUGGUCAAUUCGGCUGGUAUUACUCGAGAUGGCUAUUUGUUGAAAAUGCCGGAGCGCGAUUAUGAUGAUGUCUACAGUGUUAAUUUGAAGGGAACAUUUAUGGUGACACAACAAUUCGCCAAGGCUAUGAUUGAGCAUCAAACUAAGGGCGGCAGCAUUAUUAACCUCUCGAGCAUAGUGGCCAAAAUGAAUAACAUUGGCCAAGCUAAUUAUGCUGCCACCAAGGCAGGUGUAAUUUCCUUCACUGAAGUGGCUUCAAAGGAAUUUGGAAAGUUUGGCAUACGUGUGAAUGCCACUUUGCCUGGAUACAUUAAUACACCAAUGGUGGCAGUAGUUCCCGACAAAAUCAAAGAACAAGUUGUAAUGCGUUGUCCACUGGGUCGUUUGGGAGAUCCCAGCGAAAUUGCAGAAGUGAUAGCCUUUUUGGCUUCUGACAAGUCAUCGUAUGUUAAUGGUGCCUCAAUUGAAGUUACUGGUGGCCUCAAGUAAUUGAACAUCACAAAGAGACUGGUCUCGAUCAACGCAUUUAUUAGUUUAAUAAAAUACUAAGCAUAAUAUAAAAAGAAAUGAGACCUUGUUUUGUUGUUUUAUAAAAUUUGUUAUUAAUAAAAUAUGGCUUCAAAGCUAACGGCAUUAUAUACAAAAAAAUUUGUAGAAUUAAAAUAGGUUCAUUUGAUGUAUAUAUUUCCUCUAAAGAACUGUCAGAUAAACCUUUUUUAGCCAUCACAAAGUUUUGUAAAUAAGGCUGUAAAUUUUUACAAAAAAAUUAAUAAAAAUUUUAAUUUUUUAAUGAA